UCAGGAAAUAAUGAAGGCGAAGGAAAAGGACGUCGAACUGCAGACCGAGAACCUCAGGAUGGUGUCAGAAGUGAAAGCUCAGAAGGCCAAGCUGAAAAGUGACUUGAAUAAUUUAGAGCUCCAGACUGAUACAAAAGUGAAGCCUCAGCACAAGCAGUUGGAAAAAGAAAAGGCCACCUUCUCGGCGUACGUCAAGCUGUGUGGUCACGUGCGGCUCGACUCGCAGCACACCGGUCCUGAUGUGCGCGGCACUGUCUCUCUCGAACCAAGUGCUGACGUCACGUUCAGUUUGGACCCCGCUACGCUCUCUGCUGUGCAGCUCACCAAUCGCCUGUGGCAAAUCGCCGCCGAACACGUGGCGCCGGCCAAGCAGUGUGCCAGCCAGCCAGAGCUGGCCAAUCAGGGCGCCGAGCCGCUCGAGGCGACCAACCAGAGCGUCGAGCGUGCGAAGACGCCGGAGGCGACCGACCGGAGCGUCGAGCGUGCGAAGAUGCCGGAGGCGACCAAUCAGGAUGGCGAGCGUUCUAUGGCAUUGGAGGCGGGCAAACAGAGCGUCACGCAACCUAGCAAGAUAUUUGAAGAGUAUAGACCGACGGCCAAACGAACGGCGGCGCCGGGCACAGACAGCGAAAUGGCGGACCCCGAAGACGAUGACAGCGCGAAGGAAAACAUUCCUGCAAACUGUGUGGAGGCCUAA